GUCGUUCUAGUGAGAAGUUAUUUGUAGAGUUGAGAUACAGAAAGCCCUCAGAAAAUGGCGCUUAAAACCCUAUCCACAUUCCUCACACCAUUUUCCCUCCCUCCCUCCAAAUUCCCCCAACCGUUCACCAAAUCUUUCUACAUCCUCGGUGAAUCCCCGCGCCCUCACAAACCGCGUUUCUCCGCCGCGGAAUCCGACGGCACUGGCGCAGCUGCUCCCUCGCCCGGCGAGAAAUUCCUCGAACGCCUGCGUUCAAUUGAGGCCGCUAAUCUCAUCCUCAAGGACAACAACAAGAACAGGAAGAAAGAGAAGCCUCUCAAAGCUUCCACUGCCGUCUCUUCCUGCUAUGGCUGCGGCGCUCCGUUGCAAACUUCCGACUCCGAUGCACCUGGUUAUGUCGAUCCCCAAACAUAUCAACUGAAGAAGAGACACCACCAGCUUAGAACAGUACUCUGUAGGAGGUGCAGGCUUUUGUCUCAUGGACAGAUGAUAACUGCUGUUGGAGGACAUGGAGGAUAUUCUGGCGGCAAACAAUUUGUUACAGCCGAAGAGCUUCGGGAAAAGUUGUCUCAUUUGCGUCGCGUCAAAGCUCUAAUUGUCAAAUUGGUAGACAUUGUUGACUUCAAUGGCAGUUUUUUGUCUCGUGUGCGAGAUCUUGCUGGUGCUAAUCCAAUAAUAUUCGUAGUGACUAAGGUUGAUCUCCUUCCAAGAGAUACUGAUCUUAAUUGUAUUGGGGACUGGGUUGUAGAGGCUACCACAAAGAAGAAGCUCAAUGUUCUCAGUGUCCAUUUGACCAGUUCAAAAUCAUUGGUUGGAAUAGCUGGAGUGAUAUCAGAAAUCCAGAAAGAGAAGAAGGCAAGAGAUGUGUACAUUUUGGGUUCAGCUAAUGUUGGGAAAUCCGCUUUCAUCAAUGCUUUACUAAAAACAAUGGCUAUAAAUGAUCCAGUGGCCGCAGCUGCACAAAGAUACAAACCAAUACAAUCGGCCGUUCCAGGAACUACCUUAGGGCCAAUUCAAAUUAAUGCUUUCCUCGGUGGAGGGAAACUGUAUGACACCCCUGGAGUUCAUCUCCACCAUAGGCAAACUUCAGUUGUUAAUUCUGAAGAUCUACCCUCCCUUGCUCCUAAGAGCCGACUGAGGGGCCAAUCUUUCCCAAAUUCCGAAGUUCUUUCAGACAAUGUAGAGGAAGGUGUUUCGACAGUAAAUGGCUUGAAUGCAUUUUCAAUAUUUUGGGGAGGUCUUGUUAGAAUUGAUGUCUUGAAGGUUCUCCCAGAAACAAGAUUGACUUUUUACGGGCCUAAGAGACUACCAAUUCAUGUGGUGCCCACAGAAAAAGCAGAUGAGUUUUAUAAGAAAGAAGUUGGAGUUCUGCUAACCCCACCAAUGGGAAGAGAAAAAGCUGAAAACUGGAGAGGACUUGACUCUCAACGUAAAUUGCAAAUAAAAUUCGAAGACACAGAAAGGCCAGCUUGUGAUAUCGCUAUAUCAGGUCUAGGAUGGUUUACUGUUGAGCCGGUUAGUCGGUCACACAAACUGUCACAACCAGAACCAACAGAGAGUGCUGGGGAAUUGGUUUUGGCCGUGCAUGUCCCUGGACCUGUUGAGAUUUUCAUGAGGCCACCAUUACCAGUUGGCAAGGCUGGUGCAGAGUGGUAUCAGUAUAGAGAAUUAACGGAUAAAGAAGAGCAAAUGAGGCCAAAAUGGUACUUUUGAAUUUUGCAUAUUAUUUUUUUUAUUUUUUAAACCUUUAUCCCAAAUCCCAAACCAACCCAUUAUAGAUGUAUUAUUAUUGGGAUCAAUUUUCAAGCUGUAUAACGAUGGGUUCAUUUCAAAAGGAGGGGAUUUUGAAGAUGGCAAAGCAAUGCUAGAUUUGUAAUAUGCAGAGUGCUGACAUUAUUCUUA